AUGGCAGCGUCUGUAGCGCUGGAAAAUGAAGCGUGCACAACAAACGAGAUUAGCACCGAAACGACAGAUGAUCGCUCAGAAAGUAGCACGAGUCGUAAGAAGACAAAAGAGGAACGAAAAGAGGAAUUUCGACCGCCACCACUUCGGGAGCCACAGUACACGUGGAGGAAAGUGCUCAAAGAUGUCUGGAUUAGUGAAGAUGAAAAAGCCCUCAAGCAUGAAUUGUGCCAGUCGAUACUGGACGAAAUAUUUGAGAAAAGCCAAAACGUUCUGGAGACAGUGCUGAUUCUUCACAAGGUAAUAUAA